AGCACUGAUUGCUUCACUAACAGCAAGUCUGAGUCUCUCACACUCUCCUGAGAACUUUUAGUUUAGUCUUAUUUCCGGAGAAUUUGUAUAUACCAGGAAUUGGAGGUUUCUGAGAGCCAGUUACGUUAUAAGAUGUUUAUAACUGUGGAGUUUGGAGCUGAUCAUCAGAUUAUAUUGAAUCCUAACUGCAAGGUGAUCAACCUGACAGAAAGCUUGAGGGAAAAAUGUCGAUGUGGACAUGACGUUCCCAUUGAUCUCUUGGAUGAGUCAGGAAACCUUGUAAAUCUCAGCGAUCUGGAGGGUUCUCAAGACAUUGCUACAAACUAUCUGAAGGAACGACAGUGUUAUGUUCUGGUCAAAAUUAUCCGGAGUGAUGGGUCAGAGCCAGCCCGAUACGAGUCUAUGCUGGAGAACUUGUGGAAGCGUCACCCAGAAUUAGCAGAACGCCUCCAAAAGUUGUCCAAUCCCCACAUACGGGACAAGUGGCGCAACCCCAUUCUCAAGAAAUCCAGAUCCUCCAAAGAAACCCCUUUUACUUCUCCAUCAAAAAUAAAGGCUGUUUCUCAGCAAAAGAGCCGCUUGGCCUGAAAGACUAUGGCACCUUUCAGGAAAGGGGGAUAACUGUGGCACCCAUACAUUUGGGAUAGAAGGAAUUAGUGCAUUGAAUAUUAAUUAGUAUUUCUUACAAUACAUACUGUAUGUCAUCAA